AUGGGUUCAAGAUCACCCAGCCAGUCUGAGGGCGAAAUCUUGACGUCAGACUCGGAAUCGAAGGCAAAGAACAUACCAUCUUUCCGCAAUAACAGCAAGAUUGACCGUCGUGCCAGACCAUCUUCCAUUUCCCAUAACGCCACGUCUAGAUCACGUCGAUCGCGUUCGAGAUCUCCUUACCGAGCUCCCAGGGGCGAGAAGCGUCCCCGGGACUAUGACCAGGCGAGAAACAAAUCCCAUAAUGACAGGCGCACCUUUGCUGUGAGGUACGAGGAAGACGCCUACCGCCACCGACGCCAGGGAUCCCACGAAGAAAGACGCUCGAAGCGGUCGCGAACAUACUCUCGAAGUCGCAGCAGGAGUCGGUCACCAUAUAGACAUUUUCGUCGCAGGGAGGAAGGAAUGGACAGCUCUGCGACUCUCCGAGAUCAAAGUAGCAGGUUCGAGUCCAACUCCAAACAUGCAGGUGCUCCACUCGGGAAAGACGCGACCCCGGAAACAUCAAAGCCAACACCUUCGCAUGAUUUUCCGUCAGACGGCGUCAACUCUAACUUGGUAUCUCGGCCAGAACCUCAUACUGCAGGACAGGGACAGAACAGGGAUCGAUCUGAAAAUUCUACGGCUGUUCCCGUUGGCAAUAGCACCGAGGAGAGCGAAGAGCCCAGAGUCAUUGACGAGGCGGCUUUGAUUGAAGAACGGCGAAAGCGCCGCGAAGCUAUCAAGAACAAAUAUCGUGGUCAGGCCCCGCCGCUAUUAGUUCAAGCACUUCAUCUAGGGGCUGAGUCCACUCCUGCGAGUCCUGCUCUGGAAAGCUAUACUACAACACCACGUCGUUCCGAAUCCCCUAUGUCGUCUUCGCCUCGGACGCCGAGAGAUCUAUCCGCCCCACAGUCUCCUGCGGAGAUCAAGUUCGAUGAUGAUGCAGAUCUGACUAACGCUGAUAGAAGAUCUCCGGCAGAAGACGGCCCUUCAGCUGCCGACUACGAUCCCACCGUGGACAUGGAGGAGGAACGAGCACGACACGACAAACGUCUCUUCAAGGAAGACGAGAAAUCUCUUGAGCAGGCAGAUCAAGCAGUGAAUGAAGCUGACAACAAGUCUGCUUCACCCCCUGCCAAGGCGACUGGUGAGUUUGACAUGUUUGCCGACGAGGAUGGAGACGACAUGUUUGCCGAAGCUCCUAUGAAGCCAAAAGCAGAGAUCAAGACUGCACAAGCUUUGGAUGUCAACCUCAUGGACAACUGGGAUGAUUCUGAUGGAUAUUACAUAACAAUCCUUGGUGAGCUGAUCGAGGACCGUUACCACGUCACACAAAAUCUUGGCAGAGGAAUGUUCUCCUCUGUCGUACGAGCUACUGAUAGACGAACCGGCAAGCCGGUCGCGAUCAAGAUCGUCCGGAAUAACGAAACCAUGCGAAAAGCAGGAAUCAAGGAAAUCGACAUACUCAAAGACAUUGCUGCCAAUGACCCGGAAGACAAGAAGCACGUCAUUCGCCUUCAACGGUCGUUCGAUCAUAAAGGUCAUCUUUGUAUGGUCUUCGAGAACCUUUCCAUGAAUCUACGGGAGGUGCUAAAAAAGUUCGGGAGAGACGUGGGUAUCAAUAUCAAGGCUAUACGAGCAUAUGCACAACAACUCUUCCUGGGAUUGAGUUUGCUGAAGAAAUGUCAAUACAUACACGCUGAUUUGAAACCAGACAACAUCCUGGUCAACGAAGCCAGGAGCACGCUGAAGAUUUGUGAUUUGGGGUCUGCUUCUCCUAUCACCGAGAACGCCACUGCGCCGUAUCUCGUCUCUCGCUUCUACCGGGCCCCUGAAGUCAUCCUUGGUAUUCCUUAUGACUAUGGGAUUGAUAUGUGGUCGGUUGGAUGCACCCUCUUUGAACUCUACACGGGAAAGAUCUUGUUCACGGGCCGCAAUAACAACGGCAUGCUUCGUGCAAUCAUGGAGUGUCGCGGAAAGUUUCCGCACAAGCUCCUCAGGCGUGGUGCCUUGACGUAUGAAUACUUUGACGACCUCCUCAACUUUAGAGCUCAAGAAACAGACAAACUCACAGGACGGACAAUAAUCAAAGUGAUGGACAUCAAACCAAAACCGGUCAGAGACUUGAGAUCACGACUGAUUCCGAAAGACAAACGAAUGAACGAGCAGGAGCGGAAAGAGCUGGAUAUGUUCGUGGAUCUACUGGAUAGGUGUUUGGAUCUGCGCCCGGAGAAGCGUAUAACGCCCAACGACGCCCUGAAGCAUCCCUUCAUCUCGAGGGUUAAGCCAUGA